ACUCGGCAUCUAGUUUCUUUAAUUUCCGACUUGUGGUUAAGAAUUCAAUCCUUAAGAGGGUUGCACUGCGUAGAAUGCAAUCAAUGUAAGUGAAAACCGUGCCUUUUGUCGGUGUUUGUAACUUGUGUUAUAGAAAUCUAUCAACUGUUUUUUGAUUAAUUUGUGAAAUCUUGUGUUUUGCUAUCACUUGGGAUUUUAACGUCCUGGUUACAGAAAUAUGCAAGAAUGAAUUUGGUCUGGUGUAUUUUACCUGUCGUGUUCAUCACGACGACCCCGCAGACCGGAAAUGGGCAACAGUUCAACGCCGAUACCCGGCUUACGUCGCUUACGUCCACGUCAAAGAUCAUCCGUUUCUACGGGAAGUCCUACGUCCAGUACGACUUCGACAAGCUGAUUGACGAGAUUCUCACCCCGGCUGACCACGAGACUUUCUCGAUGGAGUUCAUAACACAGACCGCUGACGGACUGAUCGGGAUCUGGAAGGGAACCGUUGGCCGGAAGAUGCACUUCAGUCUCAAGAACGGCACCUUGUUUUUCGUCAUAGACGACGGAAGGGGAAGCCCCCAGCAAGUGCGCAUUCAACAUCCGGACUCUCGCGUGCUCAGCGAUUUGAAGUGGCACAAGAUUCGGGUAGACAAAAACGGACGACAGCUCAUGUUCUAUAUCGACGAGCAGCUGGCCACUCAAGUGACGGCCUCCACCGACGUUCAGUUCCUAACUCCCGGUUUUACUCUAUACUUAGGCGGAACUAACAACGCCCGAGUCGACACCGGAUUGGUCGAUACGAACAUCGACGGUGCUCUUGUUGAUGUUGAGGCGAAGAAGGUGAUCAGAAGUAACAAAGAGUGGAUCGUGAGUUUCCUGCAGUUCGUGGGAGACUCCACCGGCGACAUCGACGUCUACGACAAAAACCAAUGGAACACUGGCAACUGGAGUUGGGGCACCACGCGGCCCUCUCCUGCCACCCCGACCCCAAAACAGCCAACCCCAGUCACUUUCAAGUCCGGAAACUCCAUGUUGCUCGUCACAGACCCCUUGGGCAUGCGCACUGGCGGCUCCAUGAGCUUCCGGUUCCGAACGCUGGAACCACGUGGUCUUCUCGUUAUGGGACACGGCUCGGCGGUUCAGUUCUUUGCUAUAGAGGUGUUUGACGGGAUCCUGUACUUUGUGACCGACUUUGGCAGCGCUACUAGCCGGAACAUGUUCUCGGACCGUCGCGUGGAUGAUGGUGAAUGGCACGAGGUUACGAUGCGUGUCGACCGGAAUGGUAGAACCGUGACGUUGACGCUAGACGGACGUCAGUUCGUCGACACCGUUUCACCAGAAGAGCUCCAGCGAAUGUACUUCUUCAAAACGUUCUUUGGCGGGUAUGACAACUUCGAGUCGGCCCCUUGGCCCUUAUACUCUCGAGAGGGAUUUAAAGGCUGCUUCGAGUCGCUCGUGAUAAACGGUGUCGGCAUCGACCUUCAUCGGGUCAUCAACACGCAGCGCCUUGUGGGGAUCGAAUUCGGCUGCAGCCCAAUGUCGCGUUCCUGUCAAUCUCAGCCCUGCGCUUACGGAUUCUGCAGGGACCAGAUGAACGGAUACGUCUGCGACUGCGCGAACACGCCAUACACCGGACAGAACUGCAACGCAAACGCGGUGAUCGCGGGUUGGGACGGAAGUAACUGGAGCGCGUUCAACUUCGUUAACCGGGAGGUGACCCAUACCAACGACCUCUCCGUGCGCUUCUACACGCCACUACGCGACACCUUGCUAUUCCGGACGGAAGCUGACAACAAUGACGACUACAUUCAGGCCGAGCUGGUCGACGGCAGGGCCAAGGUCACUAUACAAGUGGACGGGAUUGUGAAGACAUUCUUCACCGGAAAGAAUCUGAACGACUAUAUCUGGCACACUCUGUACAUACGUCGGCGGGCGGACGACGUUCAGGUGUGGGUUGACGACGAGGACAAAAUGACCGGCGUCAUGGGAGGCGAGAAUUAUAAGCUCUACAUCGACCGGAUCAUGCUCGGUUCCCAAGGAAACAAGGGCGAGCAUCGUGGCGCGAACAACUAUAUCGGUUACAUGCAGAAUUUCAUCUACGACGAUAAGGAGAUAUUCAACCUUAUGCGAUCACAGAACACGAAUUCGAAUAUGCAGUGGAUUGUCGAGCCAUUUGAUAAAAUUCCGUUGCUGACAUACAAACCAAUCACGGUCACUAGCAGCGAAACGUAUUUCCAGCUUCCGUCGAUUUCCUCCAAAAGGACUUUGAAAAUUAUCUUUAAGUUCAAGACCCGCGAAUCCAACGGUUUGAUAUUGUACAACAGCGGAAGUGACGCGAUCGCCGUGGAGAUGAGCAACGGACACCUCCGCCUUGCGUACACAAUUGACGGCCGGAACCACUUCACAGUGGUUCCCACGGGGCAGCUCAGCGACAACAUGUUGCACACGGUGCAUGUGGCGCUCAAUGAACGCGGUCAGUUCACUGUACGGGUGGACGGAGAGAACGUGCAUGUUUCCACUAGCGGCUCACUCAGUCUUGCUGGGACGCUGUACAUCGGCGGUCUGCCACAGGCAAUGUUCUCGCGACCGGAAGUUGCUAGUCUAAUUGAGUCGAGGAAGGGAUUCCGCGGCUGUCUCGCCUCCUUUGACCUGAACGGCGCUGUUCCGGACCUUAUGAACUAUGCCACGGACAAAUCGAAGAUUAUUGACGGGUGCACCGAGGGUCGGUGGAGGGACUGGUCCGACUGGUCAUCAUGCAGCAGCACGUGCGGGAUGGGGCUGAAGACCCGGUCACGUGACUGUGGCGGUCAGCUGGGGCACUCGUGCCCUGGACCCAACACCGAGUCUUAUCUGUGUCUCACCAGCCAAUGUGAAGAUGACAUGUCCGCGUUUGCCACUACUGGGGUCCCUGUGUCCGGGGAUCGAAACGGUACCUUAAAGUUCACCCUCGUACUUACGAACGUGGGUCACGAUUACGACAACGAGACCGGCGUGUUCACGUGCCGCAUUUCGGGCCUCUACCAAUUCUUUGUCAGCAUCGAGAAGCAGAUCAAUGUCUCGCAGGCCUACUGUCGCCUUAUGGUGAACAACUCCCCGACGAUUCUGAUCGCCGCCAGGUCUGCGUGUAUCCACUCGGAUGCCUUGCAGCAGACGAGCAAUGCCAUUGUGCUCGUUUUGAAAAAAGGUGAUGAGUUGUACCUUGGCUACUGCUCCGAUCCAUCUUCCAUGACGAAAGAAGGCGUGUUCAGUGGAUCGCUGCUCUCCGUGAAUUAGGCGGUCCUUACCCGUACUACACAAUAAAAUGACAACAUUUUGUGGAAAAUUUUAAAUAAAAGAAGAACAUUUAUUAUCAACCAUGGUAAACAUUCUGAAAGCAACAUCAUCCAUGAUCACAUUUACAUUUAUUAUAUAUGAUUUUGAUAAAACCACGGUAGUCUCUGAAAGUAUAUCGUAUACUAUAAAUAUACCAGUUGCAAUUGCGGCUUGGCAUAUACAUGUAAACAAAACAGUCAUACAUGUGUUCAUUAUUGCUAUGAAAUAAAUAAUUUCGUUUACAUUAUAUAUGGCGGUUUAGGUAUUCAGUAUUACAGUGCAUACACGUACAUGACUUUAAAGUCUAGUGUGUAUAGUAAUAAUAUAAUACAUGAUAUCAUAUAAUGUUUAUUAAAGAAAAACUAAUCUAUAUAUACUGUAUAAUCAUACGCAUUAUUUACAGUGUACACAUAAUUUCUUAGAAAGAUGACUCUAACCUUCCAUCUUACCUGUAACAACAGUCUUAUUACAUAAUCCAUGCCUUAUAACCAUUAUUUUGCUAUGGUGAAUUUCAUACGUGUCAUAAACUCCUGAUUGUAAGACGCUUAUUUGUUUAUUCACGCAAACUCUUAAAAACUGUGUCCAUCGCUUUGAGUAUUGAAUCAAUACACAAUUGAUAAAAUCAUAACAAACACACCUACCAUUUAUAGUAUCUCUGCUUUGAAGAACGUUCAUUUUCACAAUUUGUGAAAAGAGACUUGUUUCAAAAUUGUUCAUAAUGGAGGAGGCCCAAUAGUAUAGUGUAACAUCUGGUGAAGAGAUCGCCUCAUGUACAUUAAACACGCACCAUAUUGGGAAAUGCGUUGAAGUUCUGCGCAACUGUGUUCAUAUGAUACAUUGACAUUUUUUGUCAAUAAAGUACUUCAAGUGUGGUCUAAAGAACGCUUCCUCAUUGUGGAUGAAAUCAGUGGCCUCCCUUCCGCAAAGCCGACGCAAGAUAUUAUCCAGAUCACCACAGCGACCAUUCAACAACGCCAACAAAUGAAUGAAAUUGCAAACUGUGCCGAAGUCGAUGCUGUGUACAAUUCUUAUAGUAUAUGAACUAAAUACUUCGAAAAUGAA